UUGAGGCUCCUCAUCGCAUUUUGAGCAUCUCACUCAUAGGCAGAUUCACGAAUUCAACGUUAUCCAAAACCCUACUUUUCCUCUCCCCUUCGUCAAUUCAGAUCUCAUGGAUUUCCACAGUCUUACCAGAAAAGAGCUUCAAUUUCUCUGCAAACUCAACAAGAUCGCUGCCAACACCAAAAAUCAUGUCAUGGCGGAUGCUCUUCGAGACCUUGAUACGGUUGAAGGUAUUGAGAAGUUCAUCGACGUCUCACAAUCUGAAACAGUUGAUUUGAACGAGUCAAAAGAGAACGUCGAGGUUUCUUCACCCAAAGUCCCAAUCACCAGAAACAGAACAACUACUGUGCAAAAAGUGGAAACUACCGAAGUUGAAAAUUUGAAGCCGACAAACACCAGGACAACUCGCAGGACAGCUAAGAAAGUAGCUGUAGGAGUUGAAGAAUCAAAGAACGAAGCUCCGGAAACUCCAGCCCUUUCCAGCACAAGGAGGAAGGCUCUGGCAACUUCAUCUUGCCGGAGUGUUAACAGUCAACUGAAUGAUUGCGAACUAGAUACAAAAGAAGAUAAGAAGUCGCCGGAAGCGGUUGUAGCAAAGGGGCGGAGGAAGGUGGCGACGACUUCAACCACCGUGAAAAAGGAGAUUGCUGUGCAGAAAACAUAUGGCACGAGACGUUCCACUAGACAAACCGAAAAGAAAUCUGGAGAGCCAAGAGUGAGGAAGCAAAGUGAAAAGGCAAUUGAGAUUAUUACAUUGUCUGAUGAUGACGAUUCGUCAUCCGAUGAGGUUUCGACUGUUGAGGUUCCAGAGAGCAGUUUAAAUGCAGUAAUUCCAAAUGCAGAAGUGGAAGACAUUUGUAAUGCAUUGGAGGAACAUGAUGUUGAUAUAAGCGAAGAAAAAGAAGAUUCUGGGGAAGUUGAUAAUCUAAAGCCCGAAUCAGAAGAAAUCCCAAAUUCAAAUGAGGAAGGAAAUUUAGAAGAAGAACUGAUUGAUGGAAAGCCAGAAAAAGAUGACAUCUCAAGCCCUAUUGAAAAUGGGGAUCUCGAAGAGGAAAAACUCGAAAGUGAGGUUAUGGUGUUAGAAGAAGAACAAGAUAGCGUUGUUGAUGAUAGUACUAAUUCAACAGGAGUUGAUGUUAUAGAAGAAGAAGAAGAACAAGAAGAACAAGAAGAAGAAGCAAUCUCAGAUAACAUUGAGGAUUUAAAUGGGGCAAUAGAAUUGAAACUCGAAGCUUUUUCAGAGAUAAACAAUGGUCCUUCAAUCAUGGAUAGUGAUAUGAUUCUUGAUACCUCUGAGAAUCCAAAUGAAAACGAAAGUAACGCAGAUGAAGAAAUCUCAAAUGACAUCAAGUUAUCCGAAAACACGGAUGAUGAAACCUCGGAUGCUAUCGCUGCCAUUGAAAGCAUCUCUCCUGAGAAGAUUGAUUUGAUUGUUCAUGAAGUUGAUGCAAAAGUUGAAGAAAAAGAAGAAAUUAGUGAAUUUGACAAUCAAAAAUCAGAAUUGUCGGAAACCUUGGAUGUGAUCCCCACCAUCGAUAGCCUCUCCCCCGUAACAGAACAAGUUGCAGAUCAUCAGCCGGAAAUUUCCACUGAGGUGGCUGUUGAACAUUCCGGCGAAAUAUCAGACGUUUUUGUAUGUUCUUCUUCAAUCAAAGAGAAUGAUGUGCUCAAAACUCCGGCGACUUCAUCUCGCCGGAAUGUGAACAGUCAAAUGAAAGGUCAGAAGCUUGCUACGCCUUCAACCACCGUGAAAAAGGAAGCUACUAUACAGAAAACUCCGGCAACUUCAUCGCACCGGAAUGUGAACAGUCAAAUGAAAGGUCAGACGAUGGAGUUGGACACACCUGCAACGGUGGCAGCAAGCAGCCGGAGAAAGGUGGCGACGCUUUCAACCACCGUGAAAAAGGAAACUACUAUGCAGAAAACUCCGUCGACUUCAUCUCGCCGGAAUGUGAACAGUCAAAUGAAAGUAGGUCAGACGAUGGAGUCGCGCACAUCUGUGACGGUUGUUGCAAGCAGUCAGAGAAUGGUUGCAACGCCUUUAACCACCGUGAAAAAGGAAGGUACCAUGCAGAAGGAAGUCUGCUCUAGAAAGUCAACAAGGUUGACUGAAAAGAAAUGUGGAGAUUCAUUAGUGAAGAAGGUGAUUGAAAAGACUGAAAAGAUUGAUUCACUGUUGGAUGAAGUGAAUGCGAUAUUCCAAGAGGUUUUCUCUGUUGAAGUUCCAGAAAACGCCAUUGAUUCAGAUGCAAUAAUGGAUUCAAAUGAAACUUCAAAGCCAUGUGAAAAUGUGGAAUUUGAAGAGGAGAAACUCGAAUUGAUUCCAGAAGAACACUCAGAGAGCUUUGUUGAAGAUAAUGCUGACGUGGAAUCAGAUGAAAAUUCAAAGGCAUGUGAAAAUGUUUAUUUUGAAGAGGAGAAAGAUGAUCUUAUUCCAGAAGAACACUCGGAGAGCUUUGUAGAAGAUAAUGCUGACGUGGAAUUUGUUGAGAAAUCAAAACCAUGUGAAACUGUGGAUUUUGAAGGAUGUUCUUCAAUUGAAGAGAAAAACCAACUCUCUCCAACUCCAACAACUUUGUUUGAUCUUAUCAGCCACCCAACCCCGGCACAUCCGACCACCAGGAGGAAAACUCCGGCGACUUCAUCUCGCCGGAAAGAAGGUGAGAAGAUGGAGUGGUGCACACCUGGUAUAGCAACUGUAAGAAGCAGCCGGAGAAAGGUGGCUACUACACCUUCAACCACCAUGAAAAAGGAGGGUACUUUGCAGAAAGAAUUCAGCUCCAGAAGGUCAACUAGGUUGACUGAAAAGAAAUCUGAAAAGUCAACAGCGAAAUGUCAAAGCGAAAAUGUGAUGAAUUUCGAAGAGGUUUUUCCUGAAGAAGUUUCAGAAAACGCCAUGGAUGCAGGUAAUUCAGAUGCAAAAGUGGAAGAUGUUUGUAAUUCGUUGGAGGAGCUUGAAAUGAUUCCAUGUGAAAAUGUUCAUUUUGAAGAGGAGAAAAGCGAAUUGCUUCCAGAAGAACACUCUGAAAGCUUCAUUGAAGAUAAUGCUUACGUGGAACACUCGGAGAACAAUGUUAACGGGUCAUCAAGCAUGGUCAACGAGAAAGUUGACUCAGAUUCAUGUGAAGAAAACCGAAUUUCUCAAAUUAGUGUCCCAACGCCGAUGAAGAAAAUUGGUGGAUUUGUUUCGGAUGACAAAGAGAACAAGAUGAAGAAAGAAAAAGAUGAGAAUGUUGUAAUGAAGGAGAAUUUACAAGAUGCAAGUUUGAGGCAACUAAGGAAGAAGCUCAAGGCGUUGACUUUGAAAACUAUGAAUGCGGAUAAUAAGGAAGCAAGACCAGCACUUCAAACACUGUGUGAGAACCAACUGGUGGGUGGUGAGACGAAGAAUUGAAGAGAGAUGAUUUGUGUUGGUUUAGUGUUGUUUAUUUGGUUUGAUAUUAUAUAGUUCAAGGGAGUUUUAAAAUCCUUGGAUUUGGAUCCUCAUGCUAAAUUUAAAAACUUUGUAUGAGAGAGGUUAAUGAUGAUAAGUAAUUAGUUGUUUUGUAGAAAAAAUGAAAAAAAUAACCCAAACCGGAACAUGUCAUAUGUUGUGUAAAUUCUCUGCAGAUUAGCCAUACAACGUUGUGAGUUUGUGACGCCAAAUUUUGUCAUUGGUUGGAUAUACCUGUGAGUUUGUGACGCCAAAUGAGGUGGGUAUUCCCCGUCUUGAUGGGUACAAAAGACAGAUGUUUUGUUUGCCA